UUACGUGCGCAGAAGGUAGAUAAGCUGCCUGUUUUGCUGUGUGCGCGUCUUUUGUUGGCUGUACUUCACUCAUGCUAUGCCGGGUCGAGCGCUCGGUAUGAGCGGAAUAAAAGUAUGCUAUGCUGCUACUCACCGUCUCGUGGAUUAGACACAACAUAUUGGCGACGAGCUGGACGUACGAUCCACCAUCUCCGGAAAGUAUUCUCACGGCAGUACAGUAACAACUUCGAGGGAUAAGGCAACACGCAUUGCUCAAUGCUAACAUACUGACCCAGGAUCGUCUGAGAUGAACGACAAUUGGGGAUAAGUACCCGGAGCAGAACAACCCCAAGGAACAGGACACAGACACCCAUGCACAAGCAAGUGUGAAAAACGAGGCUUCAUCUUCAGAAAACAGGUACCCCUCUCUGGCAUGUCUUCUGUCCUGACUGGGAACCCUCGAAGACGGCCUCUCUGAAGACCCCCGAAGACAGACCCUCUGGGAGGACAAACACCAACAGUUUACUCCUCGUGAAGGAAGAGGCGAGAGAUCCUUGUGCCCUUGAGUGAUCAAGCUCUAGCCCCUCGGAUUCACAAGCUGAAGAGAUGCAGCUCUCACCAGAGUUCAGUGGUCAGAUCGUGAAAGUGAAAUCGGAGCCACCUGAUUUUUCCUGCCUUCCAGAAGAGGGCCAGGUACAGCAACAGCAGUGCAGCGAGCCUUCACCAGGAGGUGAUACUGAUGGAGUGACAUCUGGUACGUGUCACGUUAAAGAAGAACGUCGAGAGGAAUCUUCCAAUGAACAUCCAAUCAUAGAAGUGAAGACAGAGCCUUACAAUGUUGCAAUCAUAACAGAGCUGGACCAGAUGACACGCAUCUGUGAUUCAAUACCUGAAGACGCAAGAGGGAACACUGAUACGCUCCAUAUUAAGGACAAGCCUAAAGGCACUUGUGAUCAAGAAUACUCUAGUUGCGCUUCUUCAGGUGCACAGUUCAGCACAACAACAGUUGAACUGCAGCCCGACGGCACUGCACUAUUCACUAUGAAUGACCAACCCGCUGAGCGACAUCGAGACCAGAGCAAGCCACGUGCACUCGCAUGCAUGUCGAAUGACAGCCUCGAAUGCCACAUGUUUGCAGAGUGUCACAAUGAGUCUGAAAAGUGUUCCACUCCUCCUCCGACGGAUAUACAGAUCGGAGAGAAGGGUUCUGGGUGCAACAUCUAUCCCUCUGCAUUCUCGUGGUCACGAAGUGACGACAACCAUGUGGCGAAGCAUACUGAGAAGAGGCCAUACAAGUGCGAUGUCUGCCCUGCGGAGUUCAGUCAGGGCGGGCACCAACGGCAGCACAAGCGAGCACACACGGGCGAGAAGCCAUACAAGUGCGAUGUCUGCCCUGCGGAGUUCAGUCAGGGCGGGCACCUACGGCGGCACAAGCGAGCACACACGGGAGAGAAGCCAUACAAGUGCGAUGUCUGCCCUGCGGAGUUCAGUCAGGGCUGGCACCUACGGCGGCACAAGCGAGCACACACGGGAGAGAAGCCAUACAAGUGCGAUGUCUGCCCUGCAGAGUUCAGUCAGGGCGGGCACCUACGGCAGCACAAGCGAGCACACACGGGAGAGAAGCCACACAAGUGCGAUGUCUGCCCUGCGGAAUUCAGUCAGGGCGCGAACCUACGGCAGCACAAGCGAGCACACACGGGAGAGAAGCCAUACAAGUGCGAUGUCUGCUCUGCGGAGUUCAGUUGGGGCGGAAACCUACGGCAGCACAAGCGAGCACACACGGGAGAGAAGCCAUACAAGUGCGAUGUCUGCCCUGCGGAGUUCAGUCAUAGCGGGAACCUACGGCGGCACAAGCGAGCACACACGGCAGAUAAGCCAUACAAGUGCGAUGUCUGCCCUGCGGAGUUCAGUCAGGGCGUGCACCUACGGCAGCAGAAGCGAACACACACUGAAGAGAAGCCAUACAAGUGUGAUGUCUGCCCUGCGGAGUUCAGUUGGGGCGGAAACCUACGGCGGCAUAAGAGAGCACACACGGGCGAGAAGCCAUACAAGUGCCACCUCUGCCACGCAGAGUUCAGCCGCAGCGGGCCCCUACAGCAGCACAAGCGGGCACACACGGGGGAGAAGCCAUACAAGUGUGACGUUUGCCACGCAAAGUUUAGUUACAACGGGAAUCUACAGCAGCACAAGCGGACACACACGGCUGAGCAGCCAUAAAAUUGCAACCUCUGUCCUGCAGUGUUCAUCCACAACCCAAACUUGCGGUGUGAAACAUGUGCAGUCCCUGUCGUGUAGAAUAUCACAAGCAGACAGCCUGCAGUGAGAAACCACAAAGGAGCGUUCUCUGUUCUGCAAAGCUGAGGCACAGCACAAACCUGCAGUGAAACAAGAAGACCUACAUGGAUGUGAAGCCAUACAAGUGCAACCUCUGUGCUGUAGAGCACGAACGCACAAAGUUAGAGAAGCCGCUGCUAGAGCUAGUUCAGCCAGAGCAUGAACCUGUGACCUAACAUGCAGCCACGACACACUUGGGAUGGUGACCAUACAAGUGCUUAGAGGCCGCGUACACUUUAAAGUGCACCAGUCCUGGGCUGUCGCAUGUCCUUGAUGCAGACAUCUGGAGGAGCACAUGCUAAUGCACAGAUAGGCGAACGCUAUUCCGAUGCGAUCUGUAUUCCGCCGUAGUUUACUUGUGUUUCACAUUUAUGAAACUCUCACUCACGAACAGGCAGAGGGUAAAAAGAGGUGGUGACACAUGUGAAACGUAAACAAACAAACAAACAAACAAACAACAAAGUGACAGCCAUACAAUGGCUCUGAACUGCUAACCAGUGUUUACUUCCAUGAAAAACAUGCAUUGCAUUGCUUCCGUUUUGCCUCUGUGUUCCUUUCUUUAUUCCUUUCCUCUGUUUAUGAUGAAUGCUUCGUUUACGCCCUGCAUCUCCUCACCUGAUGACAUAAACGAAUAAGUCAACCCAAAGAAAUAAAAGAAUAUUUCUACAGGA